AGAGUUGAGUUCCUGUCUUCUCGCGGGAAGACACUGACAGUGUAGCUACUUCCGCCUUUAGCCGCCGCUCGUCACAUAGAGAAAUGACGGCAACCUUGCGUCCUUAUCUAAAUGCAGUGCGUGCUACUCUGCAGGCCGCCCUCUGCCUGGAGAAUUUCUCCUCGCAAGUGGUGGAGAGACACAACAAGCCAGAGGUGGAAGUGCGGAGUAGUAAAGAGUUGCUCCUCCAGCCGGUGAUCAUCAGCCGUAACGACAAGGAGAAGGUUCUGAUCGAGGGAUCUAUCAACUCUGUCAGAGUCAGCAUCGCUGUCAAGCAGGCGGAUGAGAUUGAAAAGAUUCUGUGCCAUAAAUUCAUGCGUUUCAUGAUGAUGAGAGCAGAGAACUUCUUCAUUCUGAGGAGGAAACCUGUGGAGGGCUACGACAUCAGUUUUCUCAUUACCAACUUCCACACAGAGCAGAUGUACAAACAUAAACUGGUGGACUUUGUUAUUCAUUUCAUGGAGGAAAUUGACAAAGAGAUCAGCGAAAUGAAGCUGUCUGUCAACGCCAGGGCUCGUAUUGUUGCAGAGGAGUUCCUAAAAAAUUUCUGAGAGAAAGGGAGAAAACCCAAACAACCUUUUGCAUUGUGGCCAUCACAGUGGCGGGCUCACAUCACUGGGUGGAGGAGGCAAAGCAGGAUCAAUCAAGAGACGCUGAUGACGUGCAGAUAAACAUGCACAGGCCAACGAGUGUUUUGCCCUUUAAACUUACGUUUCCCUUUGCUCUGAAGUAUUGAUGUUUGUAUAUAAUACAUGUUCUCACCACACAUUAGUUUCUGCCAUUAGAACAUCAAAGAAGGUCUGGUCCUGUUUCAAACCAUAUUUUGUUUUCAAUAUUUAUGAGCACAGGGUAAUUUGACAUUUUAAAACGUAUUUAAAUGUUGUU